GCCAGUUCUAGCUCCUAGCCCAGCUAUGGCCUCCCUGCUGCCCUUCCGGACCUUGCCCUUGAUCCUGAUCCUGCUGACUGUCCUGGCCCUGGGUGCUGCAGACUUCAACAUCUCAAGCGUCUCUGGUCUGCUGUCGCCGGCGCUAACGGAGAGCCUGCUAGUUGCCUUGCCCCCCUGUCACCUCACAGGGGGCAACGCCACACUGAUGGUCCGGAGAGCCAAUGACAGCAAAGUGGUGAAAUCUAGCUUCGUAGUGCCUUCCUGCCGUGGGCGCAGGGAGGUGGUGAGUGUGGUGGACAGUGGGGCUGGCUUCACAGUCACCCGGCUCAGCGCAUACCAGGUGACAAACCUCGUGCCAGGAACCAAAUACUACAUUUCCUACCUAGUGAGGAAGGGGUCGUCCACCGAGUCCAGUAGAGAGAUCCCAAUGUCCACGCUGCCUCGAAGGCAGGCGGAAUCCAUUGGGCUGGGAAUGGCCCGGACAGGGGGCAUGGUGGUCAUCACAGUGCUGCUCUCGGUCGCCAUGUUCCUGCUGGUUCUGGGCCUCAUCAUCGCCCUGGCCCUGGGCGCCCGGAAGUGAGGAGGCCAGCGCCAGGCAGCAGGCCUUCAGGAAGCCCAGGACACGGUGCAUUUCUCCAGCCCACAGCUUUGCCCUCUGUGCCCGCUUCCUCUCCUGAGAAGAGGCCUGCUCUCAGGCUUCAACCAUGGGGCUUUGGCUCCUUGGGUGCCUUCACCUCUCCUCCCCGCCCCUCUCUCACUGGAGCCUCACCUCCCAGCACUCCCUAUAAUCCCCUCAGCCCACUCCUGUCAGAAUCAGAAUCAAUGCUCCUCCCACAUCACCUCCUUAAUUACCACCCAACCCCCUGCCAAGAAUUCACCCUUCCCUCAGUGCCAGAAGUCCC